AUUGACCUUCCCGCCAUUUUGUAAGGAGACUGGUUUGGGUUGAAUGUCUACAUGAGCAGUUUUAAGGUUAUGUUUUUUUUAAUACGAUAUAUGUCGUAAAUGACGUAUAUCAAAAAUAAAUAUGGGGUUCUUAAAGUAUAUAGAAGUGCACAAUUUCAAAUCUUAUAAAGGAAAACAGAAAAUUGGCACUUUGAAGCCUUUUACAGCGAUAAUCGGUCCAAAUGGAUCAGGAAAAUCUAAUUUUAUGGAUGCCAUUAGCUUCGUGCUUGGAGAGAAAACGUCGUGUCUUCGUGUGAAAAAGCUUGGGGACCUCAUACAUGGUGCUCCUAUAGGAGCACCAGUCUCGUCCAGAGCAAGUGUCACUGCUGUAUAUUGUGAAAAUGAUGGCACAGAAAUCAGUUUUACGAGGCUUGUGACUGGAUCGUCCUCGGAGUAUAGGAUAGAUAACAAAGUUGUAAGCCAUCAAGAUUAUGCUUCCAGAUUAGAGCUAUUGGGAAUAAAUGUAAAGGCCAAAAACUUUCUUGUGUUUCAAGGAGCUGUUGAGUCCAUUGCAAUGAAGAGCCCAAAAGAGAGAACAGGCUUAUUUGAGGAAAUUUCUCGUUCCAGUGAACACAAGGAGGAAUAUGAAAGACUACGUACUGAAAUGAUGAAAGCUGAAGAGGACACACAAUUCACAUACCAGAAGAAAAAAGGCAUUGCUGCUGAAAAGAAAGAAGCUCGUAUGGAGAAGGAAGAAGCAGAAAAGUACCAACGACUUAAAGAAGACUUGUUGGUUAAAAAGCUACAGUAUCAGCUGUACAAGCUCUACCACAAUGAACAAGAUAUUGAACAAGUAAGGGAAGAGCUGGUCCAGAAAAACAAAGAAUUAGAACGAGUCAGCAGGAAACGGGAGAAAGUUGAGGAAGAAAUUAAAGAAAAGAAGAAGGAAAAUGGAAAAAUUACGAGGGAGCUUGCGAAAAUUGAGCAGCAGAUACGAGAAGCUGUAAGUUGAGUGUCAUACAAAAUC